CUCAAAGAUGAGGGCUUGUAUUGGGGCAGCAUGGAGCUUUCGCAGUCUGUUCAUCAUCAUUCUAACACCACUAUUAAUGCUACCGCUUCCCCUUUUCAUCAACACAAAGGAGGCUCAAUGUGCAUUUACGCUGGUGCUGAUGGCGGUGUUCUGGAUGACCGAGGCAUUGCCUUUGUCUAUCACAGCUCUUCUUCCAGCACUUUUCUUUCCUCUCUUCGGCAUUAUGAAGUCCUCAGUGGUUGCACCAAUGUAUUUUAAAGAUUUCCACUUACUCCUGCUUGGGGUUAUCUGUCUCGCAACCUCAAUUGAGAAGUGGGGUCUGCACCGCCGUAUUGCUCUCAGGCUUGUCACAAUGGUUGGAGUAAACCCUGGCAUGUUGAUGCUGGGCUUCAUGGUAGGCUGUGCUUUCCUCUCCAUGUGGCUGAGCAACACAUCCACAGUGGCCAUGGUGAUGCCGAUAGCAGAGGCCGUGAUGCAGCAGGUCAUGAGUGCAGAGGGCCAGGUCAGCAGCCAGCAGGAUAAGUCACUGAAAGGCAUCUGCAAUCCUGCACUCCAGCUGGAAGGAGAUGCAGAGAAACAGUGUGAAAAAGCCAAAGAUGAGAACAGCACAGGGGUAGUGUUCAAGGAUGUUGUUAUUACUGUCCCCGAGGAGGAUCAUUCCACAGAGGCUCUGCCAAGCUCUCCAUUACACUCAAACUACAGAACACAUCAAGAUCAAAUGAUGUGUAAAAGUUUGUCUCUGGCCAUUGCCUACUCUGCAAACAUUGGUGGACUGGCAACUCUGCCAGGAACAUCUUCAAAUCUUAUCUUUGCUGAAUAUAUGCAUCAAUUUUACCCAGAAUGCAAGUCCAUCAAUUUUGGAAACUGGUUUAUUUUCUCUCUGCCCGUCUGCAUUAUUGUCCUGUGUUUGUCUUGGAUAUGGAUACAUUGGCUGUUUUUGGGCUCUAAUUUCUGCUCCGCGCUGUCCUCCAGAAGCAGACGUUCUGAGCGAGAGAUUGCAGCAGCCAAGCAUAUCAGAGAUCAGUACAAUGCACUGGGGAGCAUGAGUCGACAGGAGAUGAUCACCCUUGUUGUUUUCAUCCUGAUGGCAGUGCUCUGGUUUGUGAGAGAGCCGGGCUUCAUGCCAGGUUGGGCAUCUCUGUUUCCUGACUAUCCAGGAUAUGCAACUGACGCCACUGUGGCUCUCCUUCUGGGCAUGUUGUUCUUCAUCAUCCCUGCUAAGACGCCCACUGUAGAUAAUUAUGAUGCUAUGAUAUCAUGGAAGGAAUUCCAAGCCUGUAUGCCGUGGGAGAUCUGUCUGCUUGUGGGAGGUGGUUUUGCAUUAGCAGAGGGCACCAAGGUAUCUGGUUUAUCCACUUGGGUUGCAGAACUGAUGAGUCCAUUGGGGAAUCUCCCUGUAUUGGUCAUUGUCACUAUUGCUUGUCUGAUUGUCACGUCCAUUACGGAAGUGGCUAGUAAUCCAGCCACCAUCACCAUCUUCCUGCCCAUACUCGCGCCAUUAGCUGAAGCCAUCAACGUCAACCCCCUCUACAUGCUAAUACCAGCAACUCUUAGUGUGUCAUUUUCCUUCUUGCUUCCUGUUUCCAAUCCUCCAAAUGCCAUUGUCUUUGCAUAUGGGCAUGUAAAAAUCAUGGAUAUGGUCAAAGCAGGACUGGGCUUGAACGUCAUUGGUGUCCUUUCAGUGCUCUUAGCUAUCAGUACAUGGGGAAGACCAAUCUUUGUUCUGGAUACUUAUCCAGACUGGGCUCCUACCUAUGGCAUGACAAACGCAACUGGGUUCUAAACUGCUACAGUGUCUAAUCUAAAUAAGGAUGCAAAGCUUACAGUAUCUUAGUAUCUUGAUUAAUGUGCUCCAUUUCUCCCUGUUCUGUGGGUAGUAAAUGUAAAACGGCACUAUUGUAUGUAUAUAACUUUAAUUCAACAGUAAAAGUAUCCAUAUUUUGUAACAGUGUUCCAUAUGUACUCUGAAGAGGUUUGUGUAAAUGAGCUGAAUGGAUGUUGUAUAGCUAUUUUGUAUUGGAGAUACUAUAAUAACUACUUUUAAAAAAAUACUAGUUUUAUUUUUAUAUGCACCUUUUAUACAUGCAGCUCAUAUCUUAACAAAGUGGGGGGGGGGGAUUAUUGUAUAUUGUAAAGUGCUAUACAAGUGCUCAUUUAAAUCCACAGGAUUGUUCAAAUUAAUUUAAAUGAAUAAAAAGGGGACACAUCUAAAAGCAGGAAUUUGGGGUUCACUAGAUAGUCUAGACAAGAUAAAAUAAAAAGAUAGGGGUCAGAUUUUAGGCUCACCCAUUUGGAUCUAAAAUUCCAGAUUUUUGAGGGAGUACCAAGGAGCUGCUAAAACUGCUAAUUAUAUAUGAUUCAUAGCAAAAUCCCCUAGGCUGAAUGAACGCUUACAUUGUUUAAAAAUAACAACAAUAACACUGGAAAUUUUGCUGUUACCUUCCUGUUCCAUAUAGAACAGUUUCAGAAGAACUACAUCUGUUUUAAAAUGAAUUAAGAAAUACUGUUAUCUAUACACUUAACUGCAGGAUUUUCAUUCCAGAAGAAUGUCAACUGAAAUGAUUCCUGUAAACAUCCAUGUUGUCUUUGUUAAUAUACAUUUGUCUGUUUGAAAAAAUAGAAGGUAAAUUAGAGAUUUGUUGAAGAUUUGUUGUGUAAGGAUUUGAUCAGUUAGUUAUUCAUUAAGUGAUCUAGAAACAUUCUUAGUGAGCAUUGUACUUUAACUAUUUGUAUUCAUAUAAGAACUGUGACAACAGGUAACUUUGCCUGGGCAUGUAUUGAAUGAGUACGUUUUAUCCUUUUAAAACUUACAACUUAUUUGUGCCAGAUUAUUGGACUCCAAAACGCUAAUGUUUUAAAGUUUACUUGAACAUUUGCAUACAAAUGUACUGUAGCUUUAUUUCUAAUCUACAUGACAUAUCUAUUUGGCAACUGUAAAGGAGAUCUAGGGAAAGAUGACAAAUAGUUAUCUGUAUCCAACUUCCUUAUUGUGCUUUUUCAUACUGACCUUCUCAGCCUGUUGUGACUCCUACCAGGAAAAAAGAAGGAGAAUGAAUGAAUAAAUGUAAUGUCUUGAUUACACGAUAACCCUCUAAUUACCCUCCCAAAAAGGUGUGAUCAUAAAGUAUGACUAAAAUUUAGCCAGUUUAAUAAAUUUAGGCAGUUGAAUCGCGCUGUCCUGCUGUUCUCAAGUUACUGUGAAAUAUUUUACUAUAUACUGCUAUUUAGUAACAGUUUAAUGUAUCACUCAUUAGUGCCUAUGUAAAUGCUUGUUUUCAUGUAUGGUUUUCAUGUACAUUCCAUUUUAAGCGCACAAUAAAAACCUACAGUCCCCUACAAAAGUA